GAAUUGCCGCUGCAGCAGCUCGGUCUGUUCAUUCCUCUUUCGACGGUCUAACGGUGCGGUAGCAAAUUUUCGAAAUCAGUCGAGUGGUUCGAAGCAUUAGUUUUUCCCUUUAAAAUCGUUUUAGAAACAAAAAGCUUACAAUAUGUGUGACGAAGAAGUUGCUGCUCUCGUUGUCGACAAUGGCUCCGGCAUGUGCAAGGCCGGUUUCGCUGGAGAUGAUGCACCCCGCGCCGUGUUCCCAUCGAUCGUCGGCCGCCCACGUCACCAGGGUGUCAUGGUUGGCAUGGGACAGAAGGACUCAUAUGUGGGUGAUGAGGCCCAGAGCAAGCGUGGUAUCCUCACUCUGAAGUACCCCAUCGAGCAUGGAAUCGUGACAAACUGGGAUGAUAUGGAGAAGAUCUGGCAUCACACCUUCUACAACGAGCUGCGCGUUGCCCCCGAGGAGCACCCCGUUCUGCUGACCGAGGCCCCUCUUAACCCCAAGGCUAACCGUGAGAAGAUGACUCAGAUCAUGUUCGAGACAUUCAACACACCCGCCAUGUAUGUGGCCAUCCAGGCUGUUCUGUCCCUGUACGCCUCCGGCCGUACCACCGGUAUCGUCUUGGAUUCUGGUGAUGGUGUCUCUCACACCGUCCCCAUUUAUGAGGGCUAUGCUCUGCCUCACGCCAUUCUGCGUCUGGAUUUGGCCGGUCGCGAUCUGACUGACUACCUGAUGAAGAUUCUCACUGAGCGUGGCUACUCAUUCACCACCACAGCCGAGCGUGAGAUCGUUCGCGACAUCAAGGAGAAGCUGUGCUACGUCGCUUUGGACUUCGAGCAGGAGAUGGCCACCGCUGCCUCCAGCUCUUCAUUGGAGAAGUCUUACGAGCUUCCCGACGGACAGGUCAUCACUAUUGGCAAUGAGCGUUUCCGUUGCCCCGAGGCCCUGUUCCAGCCCUCAUUCUUGGGAAUGGAGGCGUGCGGCAUCCAUGAGACCACCUACAACUCGAUCAUGAAGUGCGACGUCGAUAUCCGUAAGGACCUGUACGCCAACACCGUCCUGUCCGGUGGCACCACCAUGUACCCUGGCAUCGCCGAUCGCAUGCAGAAGGAGAUCACUGCCCUGGCCCCAUCCACCAUGAAGAUCAAGAUCAUUGCUCCCCCAGAGCGCAAGUACUCCGUCUGGAUCGGUGGCUCCAUUCUGGCCUCGCUGUCGACCUUCCAGCAGAUGUGGAUCUCCAAGCAGGAAUACGACGAGUCCGGCCCAUCCAUUGUGCACCGCAAGUGCUUCUAAGUCUGUCGGUGGACGACUCGAAUUUGGGCGUAAGAGAGGAAGAGGAUGACGGCGACGCAGGAGGAAGCAGAGAAGAGUGCGAGUAGUGUCGGCAGUUUAAUUGACGUGUCGAAGGAGUUCAGCACAACAAGAAGACAAGACCAUCAUUCAAGCCGGCUCCAACGCCCACACACUUGCGGAGAGAAUGCUCAUCCCUUGUGUGUGGGUGGGGGGAGACGGCUCCGUGUUGUGUUCUAGCAUUAAUUAAUUUAUUCCACAUGAGAUAUGAUAUAAUAUGUAUUUUUGUUUUUUUUUUUUAAUAUCCCUAAUAUAACAAAAACAACUGAGAUGACAACUAGAACAUCAUUAUCUGCCAUUCCACGGACAGAGCACGCACACACACUCACACAAAUGCACCCACACUCGAAUACCGACACACCAUACUCACUCGCACUUCCCUUGCACUCACACACACCACACACAAGAGUGCGUGGAACCAUAAGAACAUUCAACAUCAUCCAGAAAAACCAUUCUAUUUCCCCAAAGCAAAAAAACAACUCAAAAACAAAAAUGAAAGCAAAACACAAA